AUGGUCUCCCUUGCUGCAGCAAAUGCAGAAUUUUGCUUUGAUCUUUUCAAAGAGAUGAAUACCAAUCAAGGAACUAGCAAUGUCUUCUUUUCUCCUAUAAGUCUCUUCAUUGCUCUUUCCCUGGUGCGGAUGGGUUCUAGAGGCGACUGUGCAAAGCAGAUUGAUAGGGUACUUCAUUUUCAGAAGAACCAAGGAUCUUCAAAUUCUCAGGGACUCCAAUCCCAGAUGAAAACAAUUCUCUCAGAAAUAAAUAAACCAAGCAAUGAUUAUCAACUCAAAAUAGCCAACGGUCUGUUUGCAGAAAAGAUAUUUGAUUUUCAAGAGAAUUUUUUAAAAUGUUCUAGAAGCUUAUACAAUGCCAGAAUUGAGCGUGUCGACUUUACAACUGGUAUAGAAGAAACCAGGAAUGAGAUUAACCAAUGGAUGGAGAGUCAAACAAAUGGCAAAAUCAAGGAUAUCUGUCCAGUGGGUAGCAUUAGCUCAUCGGCAGUAAUGGUGCUGGUGAAUGGUGUGUACUUCAAAGGCAAAUGGGAUGGGGCAUUCACGAAAAGUGAAACCAUAACUUGCCAUUUCAAGUCCUCCACGUGCCCUAGGAAAACAGUCAACCUCAUGCAUCAAGAACGCAAAUUUAACCUGACUAUUGUAAAUGACCCAGCUAUGCAGGUGCUUGAGCUUAAAUAUGUUGGUGGAAUAAGCAUGUACAUACUACUACCUGAAAAUAGCCUAUCAGAGGUUGAAAAUAAACUGACCUAUCAGAAUUUAAUGAGCUGGACCAGCCCUCAGAGAAUGACGUUGCAGUCUGUAGAAGUGUUUAUUCCUCGUAUCAGAAUUGAAGAAACUUAUCAAAUCAAGCGACAUCUCAAAGCUCUUGGAAUGACAUAUGCCUUUGAUGAAUCAAAGGCAGAUCUUUCUGGAAUUGCCUCAGGAGGACGUUUAUAUUUAUCAAAAAUGAUGCAUAAAUCCUACAUAGACAUCACUGAAGACGGCACUGAGGCAGCAUCUGCCACCGGAAAUGUCAUUGUAGAAAAGCAGAUUCCAGAAUCUGCUUUAUUUAAGGCUGAUCACCCAUUCCUGUUUAUUAUCAGAAAGAAUGACAUCAUUUUGUUUGCUGGCAAAGUCUUAUGCCCUUGA